AGUCAUGUGUUGUUUGUGCUGUGCUCCGUAGUGUACACAGGGCGCGAGGAGCAGAUUGGUAGCCCGCUAGGAGGAUCUGCCGAUAAUAGAUCGGGUAAAUGUGGUCAUGUUGCAGUUGCUGGCAUUGAGCUCGAGGAGCAUUGGCUGGAAUACCUGCUUUUCACGCGGCGGCCGAGAGAAGCGCAACACCGAAAAGACUUAAGCGCGUCGCCUGAGCCUCGGUUCCCCCCCAAACAAACAUGGGGUCUCAGUCUGUAAGCCUGAGGUAAAGUCAGUUACCUCUUCUCUCAUGGCAAAUUUCGCGAACUACCAAGAAGGCAAAGCCGCUAUGUUGAUGCUGGAAACGCAACAGCGAGCUAUCGGGACUAAACCUGCAGCUGCAACGGCGAACGGCGACAGCUCAGUCGGGGAACCCCCUUCCGUGCUGGAUGUCGGCGGCGGCGGCGGCGCUGCUUUUCAUCCGCCGAGUGAACAACAUCAACAACAACAGCAGCCGCCGCAGCACCUGGAGUCUCCGGCGAGGAAAGUAUCUUCGUCCUCUCUUAACUCUGCUGCGGGCAACACACACGCUACCUCAGCUUCCCCUGCUGUGAACACCAGUUCCGCUGUGGUGGACGACAUUAGGAAGUGCGGCUAUCUGAGAAAGCAGAAACACGGCCACAAGAGGUUUUUCGUCUUGCGGGCGUCGAGUCAUGUGGGGCCGAGCAGACUGGAGUAUUAUGACAGCGAGAAGAAAUUUCGAAACACGCUGCGCUCGAGUUCAGCGGCUGCCGCCCCAGCCGGCGCCUCUCCUCCCAAAAGAGUGAUCUAUCUCUACCAGUGCUUCACUGUGAAUAAAAGGGCCGACUCUAAGAAUAAACAUCUCAUUGCUCUGUAUACCAAGGAUGAAUAUUUUGCCAUAGUGGCAGAGAAUGAGCAGGAGCAGGAGGAGUGGUACCAGGCGCUGAGCGAGCUCAUGAGUGAGAGGAAGAGGGGACACUUGGAUGCAGAGGACAUUGACGAUGGAUACGGUACUGUGACCCCGGGGACCGAUUUUAAGGAGGUGUGGCAGGUCAACGUUAAACCAAAGGGCUUGGGUCAGACGAAGAAUUUAACCGGCGUUUAUAGGCUCUGUCUGUCUGCCAAGAGCAUCCACCUGGUAAAGCUAAACUCUGAAACACCCUGUGUGAACUUGCAGCUGAUGAACAUCAGGCGCUGUGGCCAUUCAGAGAGCUUUUUCUUUAUUGAGGUGGGCCGCUCUUCUUCUAUUGGCCCUGGGGAGGUUUGGAUGCAGGUGGACGAUUCUGUGGUGGCUCAGAACAUGCACGAGACUAUUCUAGAGACUAUGAAGGCACUGAAAGCGUAUGCUGAGUUCAGGCCCAGAAGCAAAAGCCAGUCUUCUGGCACCAACCCGAUGGGCUUCAUCACCACACGGAGACACCUGGGCAACCUCCCGCCCAGCCAGACGGGGCUUCAGCGGCGGUCUCGGACUGAGUCCGUGGUGGGCACACCACCUAGCAGGAAGAGUAGUGGAGCGAGUGGGUACCGAUUUCGCACAUCCAGCGAGGGAGAGAGCACAAUGAACCGCCCCUACAGCUCUGUGACAGGUAGCCUUAUUCAUCUCAACACAGCACGUGCUAACCUGAGCCGACAGGAAAGUAGCAGUGGGGCUGGGGCUCGCUAUAUUCGUGCCCCACCGGGCUCCACCUAUCAUGCCCGUUCAGCUUCGCUGCCGGUGUCACACUUUCCUUCGACACGUCCAAUCAGUGUGUCCAGCAGCAGUGGGCAUGGCUCUGUGUCAGACACCAUCACCCGCCCCUCCAGCGCAUCUAUUUGUGGAUCCCCAAGUGAUGGAGGUUUCAACUCAUCUGACGAGUAUGGCUCGAGCCCCGGAGACUUCCGUUACUUCAGAGUACGCAGCAACACCCCUGACUCCCUGGGGAACACGCCACCCAUUCGGGAGGAGCACUGCCUUAAUGACUACAUGGCUAUGGGCUGGAAUCGUGAUGUGUUCGGGACGAGCGCAGCUGCUGAGGCCACCCGAGAUGAGAGCACAGAUGAGGAUUCACGUCCGGGGUCUUUAAGGAGGAGGACACCCUCCUUCUCCAGGCAGGUUGGGGGUGCUAGUGCUGCUGGAGUGGCUGUUUAUCAGAAGAUGACCCAGACCACCUUCUCGCUGGACGAGGCUGUGGCUGAGAGUAGCUCUUGGAGUGGCGGUGCCCAGACUGUCUCUACCUCCUCCUCCCUCUGCUCUGACUACAGCUCCAGUUCUGAACACAGCCAGGACCGGCCCCCUAGCCUGCGGCCUGCAGAUGCAUCCAAGGAUGAUGGGUACAUGCCCAUGAUGGCAGGUGUACUGCCCUCCUGUAGUGAUGCAGACUACAUGCCUAUGCAACCAAAUAUCCUCCUCUCCGCUUCUCCAAAAGUCCAAAGUUCUGCUAUAAGUGUUCUCCAGCACAUGGACCCUCACGGCUAUAUGAUGAUGCUCCCUGGUCGGAGUGGAGCCACUGACUCCCCUGUUCAGUCCAGUCCUGACACAAGCAGACGAGCAGAGGGACGGAGAGCCCCAGACCGCACUGACAAUGCAGAAUACAUGGACAUGUCUCAGAGUAGCUCCACAGCUAGUACUCAAAAGGUUUCCGCUGAGAAUUACUAUGCCUUGACCACUCCUCCUGUCCCCAAAUCCUACAGUCCAUAUUUUUCCCUCCCUCGCUCAUACAAAGCUCCAUCCAGAACCCAGUCUAACCAUGAUGAUUAUGUCCCCAUGAGUUCCCCAGUGACACCAGUCUACAUGUCACCCACAGCCACCCCAGACCGCAGCAGCAGGUGCCCACCCUCUGAAUCCUCUCAGCAUAAUGGUUUCACAGACCGCCGCGUUGUUCGGCCGAAUCGUCUGCCACUGGGAAGACGCAGUUUGCAUGGCUCUGCUCGAGCAGGUGAAGCAGCAGUGCGGCCUUCCAGCCCUGGAGAAUACAUUAACGUUGAACUUGGGGAUCGACCCACAUAUUCUGCCUGUCUGUUAUCUGCUGAAGGCUCUCCCUCAACCCCUAUUGUCAACCAAGAGCAGCGCAGGUCUCCCUUACCACAGGACUACAUGAGUGUGGAGGUGGACGGCCUUCCACCAAAGAGUCGGUCCCCACGACCCUCUCUAGUGGCCCCCUGGAAUCCUCCUUCAUAUAUCCGGCCCUCAUCGUCGUCCCACUGCAGCGGGCUCGCAGUAGGAAAGCCUGAUGACUACACAGAAAUGUCUUUUGGGGCUGAGGAGGAGUCUAAAAGCCCUACAGCUAUGCUUGAGCGCCUGUGUGUUCUUGAGCAACAGUUUUUCCCCUUAAGCCCCCCAACUGAGCCCAAGGUUAUCCGUGCUGAUCCCCAAGGCAGGCGGAGACAUAGCUCUGAGACAUUUGUCACAUCAUCUGGAGCGUCAGAUGGAAGUGGCCCAGAUGCCAAUGGCCAAUUGCCUAGCAAUAGUGGGACUCAUCAAGUGGGCCGCAGCAAGGGUCAGAACUUUGAAUGCACUUGGAUUGAAGGUGUGACAUCCGGCAGCGAGGUAACCCCAGGAACCUCCUCAGAUAGAGCCAAAUCCCCCUCUGUGAGGUCUGCAAGGACUCUACCUGUGCAACACCAGAAUGGCCUGAACUACAUAGCCCUAGACCUGAGAGAAGAUCUACGGCCUGUGAACGCUCAUGAUGAGCUUCUCCUGUCCUCCUCCAACGCUCCUCCCCCAGAGAACGGUGCCUAUGCCAGCAUAGAUUUAAUGAAAUCUGAAUCAACAUCGAAAGACUGAGGACUGUCCCGUCAAGCUCCUGCAGAGAUGCCGAUUAACAAGAGAGCCCAAGCACACAACCCUGCGGCACAACAAGAGGAUCCAGAGUUUGAUCUUAAUGGACUUUUAUGGUUCUUUUUAUUUGUUCAUGUGCUGUCUCAGAGCAGAUCCAUAUGUUCUGUCUUGUAUGAGUUUAGUGCUUUAUUGUGAUUCACAUCACAAUGUUUUAUUUGCUGCGUAAAAAGGGAGGUUUAUCGUACGAAGACACCACAAUCCGCUUGUCUGGUCAGGGCAGGUGCAUGCUGUUUACUAGCAUCACGCCGCAUUUGUACAAAUUCUAUUUAUUUCCCAUAAAGAUUUCAGGUGCAAUUACAGAUUUUAGUGUUUAUGUUUACCGCUUGCUUAACGGAAAGAGCACUCAAUGGCACGGUACAGACUACAGAAUGGAUGUGACAAUACAGCAUUAGUGUCUUUUUUUAUUAUAAUUUUUUAUUUUUAUUUUUUACAAAUGUCUGUCUCUGGUUUGGUCCUCACUCAGUAUUUUAUCUUCAGUUUUGGACUGUCAAAGCCUCCUUUUGUUUGUUCUGUCGUGAGCGUCAAUGAUGUUUCAGUCUGCUUGGCUCCAGGUGUUUGUCGCAAUGUGUUCUUGGCAUGUGGCGCUGCCCAAACAUAGGCUUUUUGUGUCUCUAUCCAUAUUAAUUUUUGACCAGCAUCUCCUCGUCUUUGCCAAGAGUCCCAUAGAGAGAGAGAGCAAGAGGAGUGGGGUGCAGGAAAAGAGGGUCUAUUCUGGGACUCCCCACAUGAAAUCUGCUGCAGUUGCUGAAAUGUCACUAGGAUGAGCACAGGGUUGGUGAUUUAUGUCAUCCAAAUGAAUCUCAAUUAGUUCUCGAGUUACGUUUUGGUACCUACAAUAAACUAACUGUAAGGGGAACCCUUCUGCGACUUGGUGUGAGCAAACAGCACAACUCGAAAGGUACAAAAGUCCAGAAAAAAAAAGUUUUGCCUGUAUGAAACGUUAAGCAUGCUCUUAUAAAGAUCGAAAGGUCUCGUUCAAUCAGCAACACAUAAAAACAUUUAAUUUUAAUGUCUCAAAUUUAUAUUUAAUAUUUUAGUCUUACAAAUCCGCUGCUCUGUUUCAAGACUCUUCUCUCAGUAUUGUGGUGUUCAUCAGGCAAGCGGUACAGUUCAUCCUUUACACUCUAUUAUUUUCAAAGGAGUGAUAUACACACUGUUCAAUCUUAAGGUAAAUUAUACUGCCUCUUUUUUGUUUUGAUAUUUUCUGCUUCCUGCACUCUGUUUUAAAGGGCAAAAUCAAAUGUGAAACUUGUGACGAAGAAAACAAAAUGCAAAAACAGUGUAUGGUACAGUCUUUAUUAAACUCUCAGAAAUAAAAGUAAAGGAGCUGACACUAGGGCUGUACCUUUUCAAAUGGUACAUAUUUGUUACUAAAAAUGCACUUUUGAGGUACAACUGUGGACUGUUUAGGUACAAAUAUGUAUCUUUUGAAAAGGUACUGCCUCAGUGACAGCUUCUGUACCUUUGUUUCUGAGAGUGUAUGCUCUUAGCGGUACAAAAGUGAACUUUGUCGUCUGGUAAAAGGACCCAUUCCUCAUGGAAUUACCAAAGCUGAGUGUUUACUAGCACAUAUUGGCUAAUACAACUCAGUGCUUUGCCUAGUGUCCCAAAACUGCACCCAAAACUCAAAUUUGCUUCGUUUUUAAUGGGACUUUAACAUAAAAAGGUACAGGUUACUUUCUUAGCUAAUGUUAGCAUGAUAUUUGAAACCAAGAGAAGUUUUAAAGCACAGUUCUCCCCAAAACAAUUAAAAUUCUCUCAUUAUUGACUCCCUCUCAACUUGUUUCAAAUAUGUUGGAGUUUCUUCUGUUGAACGCGAAAGGCAUUUUGAUGAAACCUGUCGCUUCCAAAGUAUUUGAUUUUUCAAAUAAUGGUUACAGGUUGUCAACUUUGUGCUAAAAUAUCUUCUCUUGUGUUCAACAAGAAAGAAACUCAAAGGGUUAUAACUACUUGAGAGUGAGUAAAUGGUGAGUAAAUUUUAAUUUGGGGGUGAACUAUGCCUCUUUAGAGCUACACUGAAAGGUAUUCCGGUAAAACUUUAUUUUGAUGAUCCCUAUUGCACAUUUUGUUGGCUAAAAGUAGCCAGUUGCUUCUCAUUUGAGUAUUAGUAGACUGUCUACUUAAUUUUUGUUGACACUACUCCUUCAACAGACAUUUAACUGACUAUAAGAAACUUUGCAAGUGCAUGUCAACUUACACUAACCAUAACCCCAACCUAACAGUCUACUCAUAAUCCAAUGAGAAUUACUUUGCAUGCAGAUGCAACUUCAAUUCAACAAAAUGUGUUAAAGGAACCAUCAAAAUAAAGCGAGACCGAUAUUCCUGUCAAACAUAAGCCAAAUUGUUGAACGACACACAAAUGUAUUUUGAUAUCAGCCUUUUGCUAAUGUAUAUGACCAAGCUGGCCGCUUGUUGCUUUGAUUUUCAUUGAAUUGACAUCUUUUAUGAAGUAAGAUUUUUAUUUGGAACUUGAUUCAAGUGAUUGCGUAGAAUAUGGAUGUGCAGUGGUAGAGCAUUACAGGGAUCGUUCAUCCAGAAAUGAACGUUCUGGCAUCAUUUACUACCUUGUUCCAAUCCUGAAUGAAUUUCUUUUUCCUGAACGCAAAAGAAAAACUGUCAACAGUAAACAAAGGAAAGAAAGAAAGAUAUUAUGGCAGCCGAUGGUCAACUAUUUGGUCACCCAAAUUAGUAUUAUUUCUUGUCGUAGAAAGAAGCUGGUAAGCUGUGGAUCAAUGGGAAGGUGAACAAAUGAUGACAGGAUUGACGUUUUUGUUUGAAUGUUCCAUUUUAUUUAAUUUUUUUUCUCAUUUUCUUUGUUUUAUUAUCUCUGAUGUUUUAUUUGGCUUCAUUUAUAAAUCAAAGAGAUAGGAAAUUUGUGCGUCCCGCUUUGCCAUGUUUGUCAGACCUCACGAGUAUGUUUUGGUACAUUUGUGUUCUGUUUGUUAUUGUUUUUAAAGUCUAAGCCUGACUGAAGGCAGAGUUCAGUUGUGCAGGUCAGUUCUUCAGAUUAAGUCUGAGAGAAAGUAUAAAAAAGGAAAAUUUCUAUGAUUGUGUCCAUGUGUACAUACUGAUGCUUUGAUUUAUCUUCUUUUUUUUUUCCUGCAGUUGAUUGAAAUGUCCUUUUUCCUCUGGUGGGAAAAAGAGAACGAUAGCAGGCAAAUCAUUUGAGCAUUGCUUCGUGUUUGUAUUUAUCUCUCUUUUUUUUGCUUUGAAUAGAGCUAUUGCAAUAAAAAAUGUUCUUGAAA